AUGACCGCCGGGCUGGGCGUCGUGCUCCUGAUGGCGGCGGGCCUCUCAGGCCUCGUUCACUGCUUCCAACCUCUCUGCUCAUCCAAUUCCAGCACUCACUAUGACAUCACAAUAAGGGCGGUUCUUAGAAAGACGUUUGAGGUCUGCCGAGAUAUCGCUGCCUCCGAGGGACGGGAAUUCAACCUGACUCUGAAAGACGACCUGACAACGGACGAUGUGCAAAUGGCCUGUUCCUCCCCAGGGAAUUCCACAGCUCUCCUUUCCAGUGUCAUAUUCCAAACGUCCCUGUUCGACAUAGUCUUCGGCAACGCAAUGGUGGAUGUGGUGUAUGCCCGUGGUCGGGAGCCCCAUUUUGACAAUGAAACCUUCCAGGGAGGACGUGAUGUAAUCACUGCAGGUGUGGCUGCUGUUAAUGCCAGUGUGACGCUGGAGAACUUUGUUGCAGGGAGAUUGACUCUCGGACAAGUCUGUCACACCCUGCAGGACUUCUACAGCCACAGUAACUGGGUGGAGCUGGGGAAGAAAGCACCUUACACUGCCCUGAUCGUACCAGAUCAGCCUCUUGAGAACCUAGCAGACAGGAGUACGCCAACCUGUAGAAGCUGUGACGGAGGGAACUGUGAUAACAACAUCCUGACUAAUGUGCUGAACAAGGGGCUCCUCACCUCAGGCUACUUCAACAUGACCUCCUCAGAAAAACCUGCUGGUAAAUGCAGCGAUGGUGGUUCAUUUGACAUGACGAGCAAACAGGACCCUAAAGGGGGCAUCAGUAAGGAUGACAUCAGAUCCAGUCACGGCUCACUUCAUAAAGCAGCGGCCGAAUUGGCAGAGAAUGCCACAUUGGAGCUACUGGAGGCCAUCAGAGUAGCUGUCGGGGACAAGAGCUUCCUGAGACUGAUGGGCCUCUCCCAGUCCCCUGCGCUGUGUUUUGUCAUCGACACCACAGCCAGUAUGAGUAUCGACAUCGCCGAAGCAAAGAGAGUUUCCUUCUCCAUCAUCGACAGUAAGAGGGGAACCCCGCAAGAGCCUUCUGCUUACAUACUGGUGCCUUUCAAUGAUCCAGGAUUUGGACCUCUGAUCAUGACAACGGAUGCAGAUGUAUUUAAAUCCAACCUCAACAAGCUGUCUGCAAAUGGAGGAGGAGACAUCCCAGAGCUAAGUUUGUCUGGACUUCAGCUCGCCCUGACUGGGGCGCCUCCCUCCUCUGAGAUCUUUGUCUUCACUGAUGCUCCAGCUAAAGAUGCCCUCCUGAAAAGCACCAUCAUUGGUCUAAUUCAGUACACCAAGUCUGUGGUUACUUUCAUGGUGACCAGACGACGGCGUCCACUGAACGAAGCAGAUGCUCAGCUGUACCGUGACCUAGCCCAAGCUUCUGGAGGUCUGGCCAUUGAAGUCUUGAAGUCAGACUUCUCUAAGGUUACGAGUAUUAUAGAAGAUUCAACAGCCAGCGCAGUGGUGACAGUUGUUCAGGUGGUAAAGAAUCCCGGGCUGCCUGAUCGUUUUACAUUUAUUGUUGAUGGUUCGUUGAGGAACGUGAUUGUAUACGUCACAGAAGCCUCAUCUCUCACCUUCACUCUCACCAGCUCCUCAGGUUCAUCUCAGACCUCCAGUCAGUCCAGUGGUCCUCUGGCAUCCUCCAUUACAGCAGGAAACCUACGUAGUCUGAGCCUCAACACUGAUAAUCAAACAGGAUCAUGGCAAAUCAGUGUUGACUCUAAUAGUCCUUAUUCUGUUAAGGUCAUAGGUCAGAGUCCAUUGGACUUCAUUUUUUACCUCUUGGAAGCACAUGAGGGAGCCCAAGGAGACUUAAACCUAAAGGAGAGACGUCCUCUUUCAGGUGGCAAUCUCAGCAUCUUGGUCUUUGUGGCAGGAAGCGACAAAUUGAAAGUAUCAGAGGUCAUUAUGUUUGACAGCUCUGGGCCGACGGAGGUCAAUGGAUCAAUAGAGUUGAAAGGACGUGGUAAUUUCCUGGUGACAUACAUCAGAAUCCCAGCAGGGAACUACGUGGUUCGUUUGAAAGGAGAGGACAGCAGCGCCACCUCAAUGUCCUCAAAGAGCAGUUUCCAGAGACAGUCCCCCACAACGAUCACGACCUCCAGCAUCUCUUUAACUGCUCAAGCCAACAACACCAACGUAGAGCCGAACUCCAACAUCUCCAUCCACUUCACUGUCGCCACAACCAACGGCGGGGUUGUUGACACCUCUGCAACUGAGACCUUCACGGUCCGUGCAAACAACGACCGCAGCUACACUUCCUCUUCACCGAGCACGGUCACCGCAGCGGCAAGAAGCGGAGGCACAGCCAGCGGUACCGUGACCUUGACAGUACCGGGCAGCGCCGUGUCAGGAACAGAUGUGACCCUCACAAUUGUGGCAGAAAACGCAGCCGCCAGUGACUUCAACUUUGCUGUCCUCAGGUUUUCUGUGGUAUUGAAGGUACGAGAGAAACCAUUUUCUAUGUGCAGUGACUCAAACUGCGACUCCACCUGCGACUUCACCUGCGACUCCAACUACGACUCCACCUGCGGCUUCACCUGCGACUCCAACUGUGACUCCAACUGCAACUCGACCUGCGACUCCACCUGCGACUUCACCUGCGACUCCAACUGCGACUCGACCUGCGACUUCACCUGCGACUUCACCUGCGACUCCAACUACGACUCCACCUGCGGCUUCACCUGCAACUCCAACUGCGACUCCAACUGUGACUCCAACUACGACUCCACCUGCGACUCCACCUGCGACUUCACCUUCAACUCCAACUUCGACUCCAACUGUGACUCCAACUGCGACUCCACCUGCGACUCCAACUGUGACUCCAACUACGACUCAACCUGCGACUUCACCUGCGACUUCACCUGCGAUUCCCCCUGCGACUCCACCUGGGACUCUAACUGCACAGGGGGGCACACUUUGAGCAUGUCUCGCUGUCUAUGGAUCACUGCUGCAGUUUGUCUCCUGUGGAAGUAG